ACAUCCAGUGCGGCUGCAUUACCCAGUCUUCGCUUGGUCUAUAAGCUCUGGGGUUGGACCAACUUGGAGUCAACUUUUGCCAGCUCCCUCCCCUUUACUCAGCCCUUUGUAAUCUACAACUACAAUCGAUUUUGCAGAUUUUACACCGAGAGCCAUGCCAGGCAAGCGGAUGUCUUUUGUUCUGCAAGGAUCAAGCGGUGGGGGCUGACCGAGAAGACUGCCGCUUGCUGUCACACCUCACCCCAGUUGUGCACGUUCAAAACCCUACAAGCUGUUCGCACGGACGUGCAUGGGAUAGCAGCCGGGAAGAUGCCUGUCAUGAAAGGGCUCCUGGCUCCACAGAAUACUUUCUUGGAUACAAUAGCCACAAGAUUCGACGGGACCCACAGUAACUUUGUUCUGGGUAAUGCCCAAGUCCUGAAUGUGUUCCCUAUUGUGUACUGCUCGGAUGGAUUCUGUGACCUGACUGGCUUUGCCCGUGCUGAAGUAAUGCAGAAAAGUUGUGCCUGUAAGUUUCUGUAUGGCCUGGAGACAAGCGAGCAGCUCAAGGACCAGAUACAAAAAGCCUUGGAUGAGAAGAGAGAAUUCAAGACUGAAAUUAUCCUCUACAGGAAAAGUGGUGGUUCAUUCUGGUGUCUUCUUGAUAUUGUUCCAAUAAAGAAUGAGAAAGGUGAAGUAGUUCUUUUUCUUGCUUCUCACAAGGACAUCUCAUACACAAAGAGCAGCCUCUCACCAGACAAUAACAAGCCUACAGAGGAGGAUGAUUUGGAAAUAUACACUGACACCAGACCACCUGGGUUCAAUGCCAAUCGCAGAAGGAGCAGAGCUGUCCUCUACCAUCUGUCUGGACACCUUCAGAAACAAGACAAGAGCAAGAUCAAACUCAACAAUAAUGUCUUUGGAGAGAAACCCACCAUUCCAGAGUACAAAGUGGUUGCAAUCCAGAAGUCACGCUUCAUUCUGUUGCACUAUGGCACCUUUAAAGCUGGCUGGGACUGGUUGAUCCUCUUGGCCACAUUCUAUGUUGCAGUGACUGUCCCUUUUAAUGUCUGCUUCACCAUCACAAGAGAUGACAGCAUUUCAUCUCGCAGCCCCCCAAGUGUUAGCGACAUCUUUGUUGAGAUCCUAUUCAUGCUUGAUAUUCUUUUGAAUUUCCGAACCACCUAUGUCAGCAAGUCAGGACAGGUGGUAUAUGACCCUCGUUCUAUCUGUGUACACUAUGCAACCACCUGGUUCUUUGUGGACCUCAUCGCUGCCCUGCCGUUUGACCUGCUCUAUGCAUUCAGCGUCAAUGUGUAUUUUGGCGUUCAUUUGUUGAAGACUGUCCGUCUGUUGAGACUCCUUCGUUUGCUCCAGAAACUUGAUCGAUACUCUCAGUACAGUGCAGUUGUAUUGACUCUCCUCAUGUCCAUGUUUGCACUUCUCGCACAUUGGAUGGCAUGUGUGUGGUACUUCAUUGGACAGAGAGAGAUUGAAGUCAAUGACAUUGGGUGGCUUCAUGAGUUUUCCAAACGUCUUGGUGUGCCGUACAGUCAUGGGGAAAAACAUCAAGGCAACAGCAGUCUCCUAACCAAUGGUACCCAUGGAGGAAACAUGUCAGAGUUAAUUGGCGGACCCCCACUCCGAAGCUCUUAUAUCACUUCUCUUUACUUUGCACUCAGCAGCCUGACAAGUGUAGGGUUUGGAAAUGUUUCUGCUAAUACGGAUGCUGAAAAAAUCUUUUCCAUUUGCACCAUGCUGAUUGGAGCACUCAUGCAUGCGGUGGUAUUUGGUAAUGUCACUGCCAUUAUUCAGAGGAUGUAUUCCCGUCGGUCUCUAUACCACACCCGCACCAAGGACCUCAAGGACUUUAUCCGUGUGCACCGCAUGCCCAAGCAGUUGAAACAAAGGAUGUUGGAGUGUUUCCAGACAACGUGGUCCGUCAACAAUGGCAUUGACGCUAACGAGCUCCUUAGGGACUUUCCCGAUGAGCUAAGAGCAGACAUUGCCAUGCAUCUUAACAAAGAGAUAUUACAGCUGCCAAUAUUUGAAUCUGCCAGCCGAGGCUGCUUACGUUCUCUCUCUCUAAGCAUCAAGACAUCUUUCUGUGCCCCUGGGGAAUACCUCAUCCGGCAGGGGGAUGCCCUACAAGCCAUAUACUUCGUCUGUUCAGGAUCCAUGGAGGUGCUAAAAGAUAACACAGUGCUUGCCAUCUUGGGAAAGGGAGAUUUGAUUGGCUCAGACAAUCUGGACAAACAUCAGGUGAUUAAGACGAACGCCAAUGUGAAAGCCUUAACAUACUGCGACCUGCAGUACAUCAGCCUGAAGGGCCUUCGGGAGGUUCUAGAUCUCUAUCCCGAGUACUCACAGAAAUUCAUCACCGAGAUCCAGCAUGACCUGACUUACAACCUCCGAAUGGGCAGUGAAGCAGAUCUUGAGCAUGAAAGCAACGGGGGUCUUAUCCAAAAGCUGCCAUCCAUUCUGGAAGAUGAUGAAUUUGAAGAUGAUGAGCGAUGUCCCUUGCCUGUAAGCCCACGAGGAGCGAGCCCAAUUGAUAGCUCACUAAAGUUACCAAAAGCAUUCAGUUCCCCAAUCCUUUCUCCCCUCACGCCAAGGUCUUUUAAGACUCCAACCAAAAGAGCAGACAAGAGCUUCGGGGACCUCUUUACUGCAGAAGACAAAGGCAAGUUUGCUGGUGAUGGUAGAAGACCAUGCAAGCUUCAGCUUCCUGUUCUGAGCAUCAGCGCUCCCCCAGUGCUCAGCCCCCGGUUUGUUGAUGGAAUUGAGACUGAUUGCAGUUCUCCAACUACUCAGACAUUUGACUUCAGCCACAAGCAAAUAAACCAGGAAAACUCCCCUGGAAAUUCUGAAAACACAGAGAUGAGGAAAAGCAUUGUGAAACUAAAUCAAGAGAUGACCAUCCUCUCUCAGCAAGUCACACGGCUGAGCAAGGACCUGAGUGAGAUGCUGCAGCUCCUGAGGCCUAUGUUACUUUCUCAAGCCUAUAUAUCAUCUCCUUCUGCUGGUCUCAUCAACCCUUCUCUCAAUAAUACCUAUAGUAACAGCAGUGGCUUCUGCAGUGUAACUCAGUCACAAGGAAUCAUCCCAAGCCUUGGUGGAUCAGGGUGCACUGGUCAGAGUGGUGUGGACAUAGCCCAGAGUAGUACAGCUUGGAUGGAGGCCUUCCCCCCUCCUACUCAGGCAAUACAAACAGAAAAUACAGGGAGAACAAAUGUCCAUCCUGCUUUGUCACUGGACUCAUUUCUCAGACAUUCAUGCCCCUAUCAUAUGCAGCACAGAGGAUGUAGCCCUCUGGCUAUGAAUCAGACUCCGUCCCCAUGCCAUAGUCACUACCCCCAAACCCAAAUGAACCAUGUAAGCCAGGUAACACAUAGCCAUUCAUCCCCAGGGAUGGCUCCUCAUCCACCACUAGGUCAACAGAAUGUGACAAAGAAGAACAACAUGACUUUCGCAUCCACCAGAUUAUUUUGCAACGCUCAAGACUCUGAUCCCUUGAAGGGCAGAGUAGCUGACUUCUUGGGAUUGACAUCAAGGGACUGCAAAGAGACAUUACCUGCUGCUCUGGAAAUGGUUCAUAGUUCACCUGGGGACUCACAGGGAGACAUCAUCAGAUUUAUAGAUGAUGAAGGCACCCAUGUGUAGAUGUAAGGAAGGUGAAGCCAAAGCACUGACCAUGGAAUGGAGAUAUCAGGCAGGAAAAAGAAUAAAACAAAGUAUCACUCUACAGGUGCAUGCUGUGCAACGCAUGGAGCAUUCUCUGAGAGGAGCUUUUCUCAAGCAACUUGAAGAAUCUAUUUUUUUUGCUUUAAUAAAGAUAAUGGAUUAAAAGACUA